AAAUCACGUGUGCAGAUUCCAGCAACAAUCCACCUGCGCGAGCGAGCUGGUGGACUUCUGAUGCUGCGCGAGACUGGCGAAAGAAGAGUGAACACGAAACAUCACAAGUCGAAGGGAAAAGUUGUUUUUAUACCCACAUCGGUUACUAAAUUGUAGCUUAAAAGCAGAGGAAUGGAUUUGAGACCGUCCUGCCUUUGUUUAUUCAAUAUUAUUCUCCUCGCAGGCCCAGCCUGUGGACUACAGAUCACUUCCACUGGCCCCACAUCCAUUGAGAAAGCCAGUGGAGAGACGGUGAAGCUGGACUGUCAGUUUACUCUCGCUGCUGAGGAUUCUGGGCCUCUGGACAUUGAGUGGAGCCUGCAGCCCUCUGACAACCAGAAAAAAGAGGAAGUGGUGAUUGUGUACUCGGGCGACAGGGCCUUUGAACACUACUAUGAACCUCUUAAAGGAAGAGUCCACUUCAACUCCCCUGACCCUAAAAACGGUGAUGCCUCCAUGAACAUCAUGGGUCUGAAAGCCACAGACACAGGAACCUAUCAGUGCAAGGUGAAGAAGGUUCCUGGUAUCAGCAGCAGGAAGAUUCUCCUAACAGUCAUGGUGCGCCCCUCUAAACCCAGAUGUUAUGCAGAGGGUCAGACUCAUGCGGGGAAAGAUAUGGUGUUGAGGUGUAGCUCUGUGGAGGGCACACAACCACUGCAGUACAUCUGGGAAAGAACCACAGGCAAUAAACUGCUGCCGCCCCUAGCAGUGCUGGAUCCAGUCGGGGGCACCAUGAGUCUGAGGAACGCGACUGAGGCAGCUUCAGGAACAUACAAAUGCAUUGCUAAAAACCGUAUUGGAACAGAAGAGUGUUUGGUGGAGGUCAACAUCACACAGCCCCCAAACACAGCUGGUGUCAUCGCAGGUGUAGUAAUCUGCAUUCUGCUGGUUCUCAUUCUUCUCGCCCUCCUCCUCUUCUGCUGCUGCCGUGCCCGCAACAAGAAGAAGUACGAGAAGGAGAUUGCCUAUGAGAUCAGAGAGGAUGUUCCCCCUCCAAAGAGUCGUGUUUCCACCGCACGCAGUUUCACCAGCGUGGGCAGCCAGCGCUCCUCUCUGGGCUCCAUGUCUCCCUCCAACCUGCACGAGUACACCAAGCCCCAGUAUGACAAGAUACCCUCUGAAGAGUACGAGAGGCCCCCUAGUCACGCCCCUAUUCCCCCACCCAGCAGAAUGGCCGGCCCCAACCUCAGCCGCAUGGGGGCCAUCCCUGUCAUGGUCCCUGCCCAGAACAGGGAUGGAUCCAUUGUGUAAAUCUGAACUGGGAUCAUUCUCCACACAAUUUAGACUGUCCCUAUUCUAUUCAUUGUUCUAGCGGAAUUUGUGAAGGAGCAAAUUAAGGUUUCUGCAGAGAGUCGAACUCCUCUACCAUCUCUGAUAAUACAAUUUGACUCACAGAACUUCAACAAACAUUAACAAAAAACUUUAUUCAGUAGGAUGCGGAAAGGUGAUUGAUUCACCUCCUCCUGUUUUGUAAAUAAUGCAAUGCAUGAUGUUCUUUUUUUCUUUUUUUCUUUUUAAAAAUAGAAGGCCCUAUCUAAUAUAAGGCACUUGAAUUUUUUGCCUAUUAAGUGUUCUCCAGAGAUGAAAUGAAACCCAUUGAACUAAAUGAAAUGUAUGAAGAACAAACCAUAGUUCUUGGCUUUAGAUGAAAACUCCCAAGCUAUUUGUUAAUCUUUUUGCUUUUUAUCAGUUUGAAACAUUUUCAGGCAACUUUAAACCAUUUAUCUAUGACACUUGUUAUCUCUUCAAUAAGUUGGUUUGCUUUGGUUUCUGGAUGAGAUUGAUUUUAAAAAAUAUAAAAACAUUUGUUCGGAUUGAAAAUUAUUUACAUGCAAUGUGUAUAUAUGAACAUGAAAUUGAUUUAUCUGACAAUGAGCUAAUACUGUGAUUCUUAGCCUGCUUUGAUUUUUGUGGACCAUUUGGCAGUUGUAAACUCCCAUCGGUACAUGUCAGUGUGAUUAGUGUUCAAGUCACUGAUUAGUUGUUUGCCUAUGCUUUGAUUGGCUUGUGACACCCAAACCUCCACUUCCCCCAAACCUGUAGCAUAGUGGUAGUCAUCAAAAUAAAUAAGAUUAAAGGGUUUAUUUCAAAAGAUGCUCAAGCUGGGUGGUAAAAUAUGGUUCACUGAGCAAUCAGACUUUGGCAAGUUUGAAGGCCAACGGCACCAGUCACCACCACUCCUCUGCCCCCACCAGGCCAGAAAAGCUGAUCACAGAUGUCUCAGAGAUGCUAAUCCUAAACCUGCAUUUGGCCUGGCUCAACUCAUCCCACUUUAAAGAUGACUGUCAAUUUGAUGUUAGUUUGUAGUUGAUUUAUUAGAUGAAGGACAUUUUACUGAAGGACUUGUUGACAAUACAAUAAUUUAAACCAAUUAAAGGAGGUCAACUUAAUGAAAGAUUGUCUAUAGAUUUUGAAAAGACUUGAAUGUUUAUGAAUAGUGUAUUGAUUAGGAUUAGUCUUAACACUCUUAAGUCACCAUAUUCAGCACAGUGAGUGUCACCAGUCUUGAGGAAACGGUCUUUCUUAUUGUUUGGGUUACUGUAGAUUUUAUCCCACAGGGUCACCCUAAUGUUCACUCUGUGCCUUUUUUAACUUUGGGUGUAAUGAACUGGUGUCGCUGGUGGCAUGUCAGCAGUAUAAGGUAAAUAACACAUGAACAAUUACAAAACAAUCAUCAUUUAAGGUAUAUUUUGAUUAAGGAUGAGUAAUGCAGAUUUUAACAUUGCAUGAUUUGUUGCCAGUUUCUGUGCAACUAAUAUUACUCUAUAUAUUAAUAGAUGUAUAAUUAAAUGUUGUUGUUUUUCUCAUAAAUGCUGGAUUUGGUCUCAUGAAAGGGUAUUGUGUGUGCUGACAACUAUAUGCUGUCUGUCUGUCUUGUGUGUCUCUUGUACACAAAUAGCAGUCUUUUCACAAUCUGCUUGUCUUUUGACCAGGGUUCCUGUUGAAUGUGUAAAUAUAUUUCCUGUAAUGUUUGAUUGCGUUAGUCUUUACGGCUGUUAUAUGCUGCCGCUUGGGCUGUGAAUUUGAUGAAGGACAAGAGCAUAAUCAGGCUAAUCAUACACCAUCUGGAUAAGGUAUUAUUAACAUUUAUUAUGCAUAUGUUGUCAUUACCUAAAAGCACACGCACUUGUGAUUUUCCAUGGCUUUUAUUUAUUAAGUCUGUAAGAAUAGAGUUACUGUUACAGGAUCAGUUCAGCUUGUUUAAACACGGAGACUAAUGCCAGUGUAAACAUGGAAAUCUGAUCUUUGAUCAGCAAACCUUUACUCCUAGUUGUCCGAAUUGACAAUCUUGAACCAAAUCAUCUGUUUUCUGUUUGGAUGGGGCCCAUUUGGUAUUUCCUUACAGUAGAGGUUAGGCCGGAUCUCUGUACAGUGCCAUUUAAAGAGAUAGAUACUUUCCUUACUAAUAAGAGACAACCAAUGAUUAUUAACUGUAGAUGUUUUCUUCAAAAACUGUACUAAUAUUAACUUUUUUUCUUCCUAUUUGUUUGGUUUGCACAUAAUGUAAAAUCCUCAUUUUAUUUUUGUGUGCUUUUGUGAUGUAUUUUUGAAUAAAAAUGAGAUACACACUCA